ACCAUGUCCUCGUCGUCGCGCAAGAUCUCCUCCGAGUCGUUCAGCAGCUCCGUGGGCUCGGACUGCGGGCUCGAGAGCCCCGGGGGGGACGCGGCGGACGGCGCCCUGGAGGCGGCGGAGGAGAGCCGCGGCUGCCCCUUCGCCUCCUUCCCCUCCGCCCACAGAGCGGUGCUGUGGAACGGCCGCAGCCUCGCCGACAGGUCGGCGUGCCCGGCGGGCGAGCAGCAGCAGCAGCCAGGUCCCGGGGGACCCCACAAGAGGGCCCCCAGGAGGAGACGGGUGAACCUGGACUCGCUGGGGGAGAGCCUGAGGCGGCUGACCUCGCCCACGACACAGACAGUUCAGGAGGCUCUGCAGCGAACUCUACAAUUUUACAGACAACAAGAGAUCAGGUGUCAGGAGGUUGGCAGUGAGGAUCGACGACGAGAGAAGAGAGAGGAAAAGUGCCCAUUUCUUGAAAAUUCUGGUUCAGAGGAAGAUAUCCUACAAAUCCUCCAGUACAUGGCCACCAUACUGGGAGUGCCUUUCUCUGAGCUGCGAGAACAUUUCGGAGAGGAGUUCUUUGGCCUCUGCUUUGAGGAAAAUGAGCGAGUGCUACGGGCUGUAGGUGGCAACCUCCAGGACUUCUUCAAUGGCUUCGAUGCCAUUUUGGAGCACAUUCGAACCUCCACGGGGCGCCGGGCCUCAUCUGAGAGCCCUUCCUUCCAGUGCAAGGAUCCCCACGAGGAGGAGAAAGGGAGAAGAAAAUUGGACAAGGUCGGGGAGCAAGGAGAAAGAGAUGGAAGAGGAAAGGUGCUGCUUCUUCAUUGUUUCAACCCUGCUCCUGUUGUUGGAUUGGUCAUGCCAGGGUUCAUCAGAGCUGUCGCACGGCGGAUUUUUCACUCACAAGUUGAGGUGGAAGAGGUGCCACCUCUCACUCCUCUAUUGCCCAAUGAAGAUACACAACACACAGACGGCGACUCCGCAACCCCGACUCCAACUGCGUCCCCCACUGCCUCGCCCACCUCGUCCCCGUCCCCUCCCUCUCCUUUUCCGACCUCUGUUCCCACAGUUUGCCUGUCCUUCCAAAUCCAGGAGACGUGCCCUCCUGCCCUCUCCUCCCUCCCCAAUGCUGCUUCGGCGAGCUCCAAACGGCCCCCUCUCUCGCUCUCCACCAACCCCAGUGAUCUGCGCAUUGGCCUGGCCACGUUUUGCCGUGCCUUUCCAUUCCACCUGGUCCUGGGGCCUCGCAUGGAGCUGCUGCAGCUCGGAGAAGGACUGCGGAGACAGACUCGCAUUGAGCCUCAUCGGAGCCUCUCGUUCAGGGACUGUUUUGAGAUUGUCUCACCCAAGAUGGAGCCUUCGUUCCGGGGCAUCCUGCUGAGGCUUGCGUCCCCGUUUACCAUCCGCACCAGGCCCGAAACUACACAGGCUGGUACGAAGGAGAAGGUCAUGGAAUUAAAGGGUCAGAUGAUCCAUGUGCCCGAGUCCUGCUCGCUGAUGUUUCUGGGCUCGCCACGUGUUGAUAAAUUGGAGGAGCUGAUGGGCAGGGGCCUCUACCUCUCAGAUAUCCCCAUCCAUGAUGCUACGCGGGACGUCAUCCUGGUGGGGGAGCAGGCCAAAGCCCAGGAUGGCCUGAAGAAGAGAAUGGACAAGCUUAAGGCCACGUUAGAACGGACUCACCAGGCACUGGAGGAGGAAAAGAGGAGAACGGUGGAUCUCCUGUACUCCAUCUUCCCAGGUGACGUGGCGCAGAAACUGUGGCAGGGUCAGCCGGUGCCCGCUCGCAAAUUUGAUGACGUCACCAUGCUGUUCUCGGACAUCGUGGGCUUCACGGCCGUGUGCGCCCAGUGCACGCCCAUGCAGGUCAUCUCCAUGCUGAACGAGCUUUACACACGCUUCGACUACCAGUGUGGCAUUCUGGACGUUUAUAAGAUCGAGACAAUAGGCGACGCCUACUGUGUGGCAGGGGGACUUCACAAGAAGGUCGACAGCCACGCGAAGCCGAUUGCACACAUGGCUCUGAAGAUGAUGGAGCUCUCCGAAGAAGUGCUGACGCCUGACGGGAGACCCAUCAAGCUGAGGAUAGGCAUCCACACGGGCUCAGUGCUGGCAGGUGUGGUCGGGGUGAAAAUGCCACGUUACUGCCUGUUUGGGAACAAUGUGACACUGGCCAGCAAGUUUGAAUCGGGGAGCCACCCGAGGUGCAUCAACGUCAGUCCCACAACUUACCUUUUGCUGAAAGACGACCGCUCUUUUUCAUUUGUCCCCCGCUCACGCCUGGAGCUGCCUGACAAUUUUCCCAAAGAGAUCCCAGGGACGUGUUACUUCCUGGAGGCAGGGACAUCUCACAGUCAUGCCUCGUUGACCAGCUCUCGCUCUGCUCCCCCAGCCUCUAUGAGGAAAGUCUCCUAUAGCAUUGGGACCAUGUUUCUCAGAGAAACAAGUCUGUAGGCCUCACACGCAGACGGUGAUGCACAAGUGUUCAUUUUGCCUGAGGCUGGACAUGCAGCCAACCGAUCGCUCUGACCUUUGGAUAUGCAAAUGCAUCAUGUGAAAACUUGAAUUCCGGUCUGUGGGAUGGCCUGUAGGAAACAAACUUAAACGAAGGCCAUCAUUAAAGGUGAAAAAGAACAACAUGCCUGUAUCUGACCUGUGCGAGGGAGACUUGGUUCAAAAGACUUGAGGAACAGCAACCGUGCUAGUCUCACAUGGAGCCUUCCCCAGGGAAGUGUACUGACUAGUGAAGAAACCAUACAAAACUUAAUGUCCAGCUGGAUUCUUCAGCUCCAUACCUGGUGUCCAGCUCUCUCCAGUGGCCCUCUCUCCCAAGUGGUCCCCUUACCUGGGACUACAGGAAACAAACUCAGGGGAAAGCCUGGAGAGAGAGACCAUUUACAUGACCAGUGUUGCACUCAUUGACAUUGGAAUUGCGCAAAUAGAACACAUCCACUUGCCAUUCAACAAAGUGAAUGCUGAGGAGUAAACUUUUGGAAGAUGGUGACAUUGACACAAACGUUUGCUGUGCCUCAUGGCCUAUUGUAUAGGGAAUACCACUGCUGAUGAACACUACAACUCCCCUUCCAACUGUCCCUAAAUCAUGUCAUGCUUUACCGAACACACUCCUACUGUAUUGGUCGUCACAUCCAGGGUGCGAGGUGGGUAUGACUCAAUCAUGUGUCACGGGAUGGCUUCGAACUCCCGACACCCGGCACGGGAGGCGGUCGCGCUACUAAGGGAGCUACAAUGUUAGCAUCAGCCGCAAUUUCUUCUCUUAAUGUACCGGCGAGUGAAGUGAAUACACACUGUACUGCACAGCACUCAGAAUUAAAUCCCCCUUCCAAGUAAUUGUGCUUGGUGACAUUCUGAAAAGGUGUGCAUUGAUGAAGGCUCAAGGAACCAGGAUCAUUAGGUGUAUUAGCCGCAAUGUCAUCUAUUGUAAGCGCUGACAGUGGGUGGUCCAUUUCGGUUUUUAUAGACUGUUCACGUUACAGCGCUUUACUUAGUUUAAAAAAUUAUAUUUUAAGUAUUUUAUAUGCACUAUUGGUGAAG